AUGGAGCCAUGGAGAGAGCACCUGUCCGCCCUCGGACAAGAGCUAGAGACAAAGUCCAGCUUGCUCCAGUCGCUGCGCUUGCAGAAUUGCCAGCUUGAGGAGGCAUUGGCUCGCUGGACCCAGCAGGGCCAAGCCUUCGGAGAGGCAAAGGCUGGACACGCUGAAUCCCGCUAUGCAUCAGACCCGCAGCCAACGUGCUGGCCGGUUGUGGAUGAAGUUGGGGAGCUUCCUGGCGAAGCUGGGCAUUCACUACCGCUUCAGUGGAUUACUCCCAAGUCUCGGGCGGCGAAGUCCUUGUCCUUGGCAUUGAGUGGUGCUGGCAUGAAGAUCGCUCAGCAAACUGCGCAGCAAAUGCCAAAGGGUCAAUGGGUCGGCGACAAAUCCCAGACCUCGUUAAGCACGCAAAACCAUGGCCACGUCUCCUCACCGUUCACGUCAUCCUCGCCACUGAGUCGGCACAAGACGGCGGCAAAGUCAAAGCUGAUCGAAGAGGGUGGAAUCAAGUUCGCAGUCUUGAGGGCAAACGAGAAUACCAUCCUCACAGUUCAGAAGCCAUGGUACAUCAUCAAUCCGGACCGGAGCAGGUUUGCCAGCGUGUGGCAAGUCGUGAUGGGCUUUGCACUGGUUUUCGUCGCGCUAGUCACUCCGGUGCAGGUAUCGUUACUGGAGCCCAAGUUCGACUUUCUCUUCCUGCUCAGUUUGUUCGUGGACUUCCUCUUCUUCUGCGACUUUGUUAUCCAGUUCUUUACCGCCUAUCCCAAGACGACGCCACAUGGUCUUGUCUGGGAAGUGCGUCUCCACCAUAUCUUCUGCCACUACUUGAAGACCUGGCUUGUUUUGGAUCUAGCCACCAUGAUCCCCUUCGACUUCCUGACCGUGACGCUGCAGGCGACGACACUUCAGGACUUCGUUGGCCUGAAAGUGAUCCGAUCUCUUCGGCUCAUGAAGCUCAUGCGGAUCAUGAAAGCCUCCAAGGUGUUCCAGGAUUUUGAAGCGCCGUUGGCUAUUCCGUACCAGAAGAUAGCGCUGCUGAAGUUCAUGGUGGUCCUGCUCUUCAUCUGCCAUUGGUUCGCCUGUGGCUGGGCGGUGACGCUGUCGGCCGUGGACGCGUCGUUCCCUCGCUGGAUUGACGGCAUCCAGGAAGCCGACAGGGCUUACGACAUCGUGACCAUGGACUCUCCCAUUCGGAUCUACGUGGCUGCUUUCUACUUUUGCAGCUACACCAUCACAUCCGUCGGCUAUGGCGAUGUCGUCCCUCAGAACGUCCUCGAACGUGGCGUCUGUUGCGGCAUUCUGUUGACAGCCGGUCUGUCUUGGACCUACAUCAUUGGAGAGGUGUGCACUAUAGUCGCGGACAUGACUUUGGAGAGCCAGGAGUUUCGCAAGACCAUGCACCACCUCAACAAGAUGAUGCGGGACCAGCGCUUGCCCCAUGAUCUCCAACAACGGGUGCGACGCUAUUUCUUGCAGAACCGCGGUCAGUCUCUUUUUGUGGCACGGCAGUCGUUGAUGCGACGAAUGAGCCCGCAACUACAGGCAGAGGUCUCUGCCAUGACGAAUAUGUUGUGGUUGGAGAAAGUGAGUUUUUUCAAGAGCUUCAUGGGCUUCAUCGAGCAGCAAAGGAGCCUCGGCGAGUACACCGCUCCCAACGAAGCUUGCGUGGCAGACAUCGCAAAGUCGCUUCGUUUGGUUGCAUUUGCCCAACAGGAGACAUUCCACAACGUGCAAGUCUUGUACAUUCUUUCGAAGGGUCUGGUCGCCCUGAACAGCCGUGUUGGAGCGCUCGGCGAGGUUUGGGGUGAGGAUUUCGUCCUGUCGGACACCUCCCUGAUCCGACCGGUAGCUGGCUAUGCCUUGACGUACCUGGAGCUGCUGAGCCUCACUCGAGAGGACUUCAUGCAAGUCAUCCAGACAAGGCGCAUCACCUGCCCGGAGCUCUUCCGACUUGUGCGUCGCUACUGUGUGCGGAUCGCUGUGUACCGGGGCAUCUUGGCCGAAGCCCGGCGUCGGCAACUGUGCGGAAGCCAAAGAAAUCCCGGGAACGGGGCUGCAGCAAGUCCAGCUCGGCCAGCGCACCGAGCUGAAGCUGCCCAAGUCCAAGCGCAAGCGCAAGCGCAACCUUCGCCCCCUAAAGCAGAGAUGGCUGUGCUGGGCUCUCUGAGCCUGCCAGGCACAGUCGAGAUUUGGGACUCUGCGUUUUAG